GCAACGGGACCCCACCAACCACCAGCACCAGCGGCGGCUCAGUGUUUCCAGCAGACUAAAGGCGUCCUCUCCUGCGGGGUGUGUGUUCGCAUACUGCACAUUCUCCAUGGAAUAUAUGAACCCAAACUGAGCCCGCCGACUGCUUUGCGCACCGUGGGUCAGCGACAGGCCGGCUACUUGUUCCCGAGCUAAAUGCACGUCAGCCGGGGUGGAUUUGCUUGGACGCCGAAUGAGUCCCCGGUGUUUUUGACAGCUUGAUGUGUCGAAAUACCGAUGGAGCCUCCUUUUUUUGAUGGGGACAUCUGGAUGAUUGCCACGACGAGAGACUCCACGGAUAUUUGACGUAUGGGUGAUGUGGAUCUGUGAGAUGCAACCUCACGCCCAUAACAAGUGGAUGGAUGUUGCUAUGCCCACGAUGCAGGUUGGGUUACAGUAAAUAUUUGUUUUUACUAUAGUGGACCCCUUCGGAUGUGGCCUAAAUCACUUUAUUAUUCAAAUAUUAUAUUAUGAAACGUGGCCUUAAUUUAUGUUGCACCCUUUGGAUGAUGCCGUUAUUUUUUCAUUCUAUCAUGAUAUCUGCCUGUCUUAAAGAAAGCCUAGAAAUUUAAAGACCCCUUCAUCCUCCUUCACUGAUGGAUAACCUAAAACUAAAAUGAGAAAGCUUAACAUCCACUUGCUUUGCCAUCACCACUGGCUUUGUUGUGUCCACACUUAACUGCUUUCCAGCUGUGGACGGAAUGAAUUCAUAUGGACGGACCCCCUUUUGAUAGAGGUUGUCUGGGGGUGGUUUGAGGAGAGUGGCCAUGCAUGCAGGAUUUAGGCCAGAUCGGGCCGUUGGGAUGUAGGGCACAGAAACAUCCAUCCAUCCAUCCAUCCAUCCAUCCAUCCAUCCAUCCAUCCAUCCAUCCAUUCAACGCAUCCAUGCCACGGCAUAUAGAAUGAAAGCAGCCAGUAUUCAUAGAGAUGGCUGACGGGGGAGGAGCGUCUACACUGGAUAAUGAGGACCCCCGCUCGGAGGAUUGCACUUGGCUCUGUCAGGGACCUUGAUUUUUACUGGUGGUCUAACACACAGUCAGUCGCCUGCAAACCUAAUCUCCAGCAUCUUUUGCAUUCCUCCCUAUCUACCAAAAAUUCAUCCCGGCAACAGCAUGAGCCCUAUUGUCUUCUACUUAGAUCUAUAUGAACUCUUAGUAUAUUAACUGGAAUGGUGAUGUACGAAGUCACAAGACAGUGUUUUAUAAGGUAUAAAGGUUAGGAGUUAUGCCUUAAGAAGUCAGCAGAUGCAGUCAUUACAGAGAGGAUAAGAUCUCCGCAGCUUUCAUAAAGACAGAUUUUUAGGGUACUCUCAUGGGUUUGGAAUUUGACCUAAUGUGCGUUGUCCCAGAAUGAACUGAAGCUCUUAAGAAUACAUGCAGCUCCCUGCACACAGCUCAACCCGACACACAGCCGUAAGUGGGAUUUGGCGCUGUUUCAACAAGAUGCGGGGAUGGGGGUGCAGCACUCCAUCUUUUCUGAUCCGCUGACCCCACUUACCUGGCUACUGGUAGUAGAGGUCACCUCACAUCAGUUGAUGGGCCCACGGUGUGCGUUGUGGCUGAGUUGAUAAAGGGCAGGUUAACAGCGUCUCCAUGAACCCGUACGGCAGAGUGAGCAACACAGCAGCCCCCCUGUCCUGCACCAGUUGUGGGGGUUGCUGUUCCCCACCUCCCCCCUGCCUCAUCCCCUCCACAGCUUCCUCCAUGUCGCCCAAUAUAACCCCGCCACCCCUCAUGUGCCCUGCCCCGGUCAUGCAAGUAGAGAACGGCAGUAGCUGGAACUCAUCCUUUGGCUCCCCGGACUCUCACCCGAGUCACAGCUGCACGGGGCCCAACCCCUACUGGACGGCGGUGUUUGAUUAUGAGGCCACGGCAGAUGAGGAGUUAACCCUCAGGCGUGGGGACCUCCUGGAGGUUCUCUCCAAAGACUCAAAAGUUUCUGGGGAUGAAGGAUGGUGGACAGGUAAGAUCCAGGAUAAGGUGGGUAUCUUUCCCAGUAACUACGUGACAAAAGGAGAUGCUCCCAACUACCAGCAGCUCACUGUAGAUGUGGGUGAGUGCCCUUUGGAGGUAGACUUCGCUGAACUUUUCCUGGAGGAGGUAAUUGGAGCGGGUGGGUUUGGCAAGGUGUACAAAGGGGUCUGGCAGGGGGAGGAAGUUGCAGUCAAGGCAGCGAGGCAAGACCCAGACGAAGACAUCAGCGUGACAGCAGAGAGUGUGCGCCAGGAGGCCAGGCUCUUCUGGAUGCUCCGGCACCCCAACAUCAUUGCACUGCGCGGGGUCUGCUUGCGGGAACCCAACCUGUGCUUAGUCAUGGAGUACGCCAGAGGCGGGGCCCUCAACCGAGCCUUGGCUGGAAAGAAGGUGCCCCCGAGGGUGCUGGUGAACUGGGCUGUGCAGAUUGCGACGGGGAUGGACUACCUCCACAACCAGGCCUUUGUACCCAUCAUCCACAGAGAUCUGAAAUCCAGCAACAUCCUCAUUCUGGAGCCGGUGGAGCGCGACGACCUAAGUGGGAAGACCCUGAAGAUCACCGACUUCGGCCUGGCACGAGAGUGGCACCAGACCACCAAGAUGAGCGCGGCAGGCACAUAUGCCUGGAUGGCGCCCGAGGUCAUCAAGCUUUCCCUUUUCUCAAAGAGCAGUGAUGUGUGGAGUUUUGGCGUGCUGCUGUGGGAGCUGCUCACCGGCGAGGUUCCCUACAGAGAGAUCGACGCACUGGCCGUGGCCUACGGCGUGGCCAUGAACAAGCUGACACUUCCUGUCCCCUCCACGUGCCCUGAACCUUUCGCUCUGCUCCUUUCAGAGUGCUGGAGUCCGAACCCCCACAGCAGGCCCUCCUUCACUUUCAUCCAUCGGCGGCUGCUGUCCAUCGAGCAGUCGGCCAUGUUCCAGAUGCCCCUGGAGUCCUUCCACUCCUUACAGGAAGACUGGAGGCUGGAGAUCCAGCAGAUGUUCGACGAGCUACGGGCCAAAGAGAAGGAGCUGAGGUCAUGGGAGGAGGCGCUGGCCCGGGCGGCAGAGGAGCAGCGGGAGCAGGAGGAGCAGCUAAGGAGGCGAGAGCAGGAGCUGGCCGAACGCGAGAUCGACAUCGUGGAGCGCGAGCUCAACAUCAUCAUCCACCAGAUGUACCAGGAGAAACCCAGUGUGAAGAAGAGGAAGGGGCACUUUAAGAAGAGCAGGCUGCUCAAGCUGUGCAGGGACGGCAACAGCAUCAGCCUGCCCUCUGGUUUCGAGCACAAGAUCACAGUGCAGGCGUCCCCCAGCGUGGACAAGAGGAAGCCGCAGAGAAGCGAGAGCACCACGCCGCCCGCCAGCCCGGGCGUCAUUCCUCGACUGCGAGCCAUACGACUGACCCCGAGCGACGGCAGCAAGACGUGGGGGCGCAGCGCUGUGUGCAAGAAGGAAGACCCGGCGGCCGGAAAGAAGAAAGGACGCACGUGGGGGCCCAGCUCCACCCAGCAGAGAGAGAGGGUGGGGGGCGAGGACAAAUUGAAAUCACUCAGCGAAGGUGGCAAAGUGUGGUCGUCCAGUGCCCCAAACCUGGGAAAGUCUCCCAAACACGCACCCAUGACGGUGGGGUUCUCCAGCCUCAGCGAAAUGGAGGAGUGCUGCGAGUUGGACGAGUCGCCGGGUUCCCUGCAGCCCUCCGAGACCAGCAGCAACGGGGCGGCCGACGACUCGGGGUCCUUGUGGAGCGCCCUGGGGUCGGGCGGGACCAACAUCACUGUCAGUUCGUCCGGCGCCAGCUCCGCUCUGGGUUUUGUGGGGGCGGCGCCGGGCCAUCAGGACUCUCUCAGACGCCUCAGCCAGAGGAAGAAGAGCGACUUGCUGCUGUUGGGUUGUGCCUCGAUGCUGGCCUCGGUGGGUCUGGGUCAAGACCUGCUGCAGCUGGGCAGACUGCAGGUGAUUCAAGACGAGCAGGAAAUGAGAGAGGAGCAGCGCAAGAAGAAGGAAAGUCUUUUCCAGCGCACGGGACGUUUCCGCCGGAGCACGUCCCCCCCCAGCAGAAACCUGUCCUUGUCUCUCUCCCGAUAUCACGACUCCACGAUCCCCUCUCUGGAGCCUUCCCCGUCCGUGACGCUUCUUUCCUUGUCGUCGCUGUCGGACUGCAACUCCACCAAGUCCCUCCUGCCUUCCGACCCGGACGACUACCCGUUGACGCCGGCCAGAACUCAGGCGGCCCCCCCGGCGGCCUCCUCCCUCAACCCGCUGUUGGACUUGCGGACAGAGAGUUUCAAAAAGGAACCCAACCAGUCGCUCACACCCACCCACGUUUCCGCCGUCAUGGCGGUCAACAGGGGACACAGACGCACGCCGUCCGACGGUGUCAUCCGACCCCGAGCGCAAGCUGUACUCCACCGUAGGACGCCGUCGGAUGGAAGCAUGCCCAUGCCCCCUCCGCCUGGGCCACCAGUCGUCAGAGCCAACAAAGGUGUGCCAGUCAGCCCGGACAUCCCCCGCCUCCCGGACCCCUCGGCCAUCUUCCCUCUCCCCCAGCGCCGCAAGGCCCCCGCGCCCCCCGUCCCCGAGCCGGCCCCCCUCUGCCUCGUUAGCCCCCUGGAGCGACCCAAGACGCUAGAAUUCACCGCCCGGCCCCGGCCCGCUCCGACCCGGGCGCGCGCCGACCCGUGGAGGGUGGGCUCCCUGUCCAGGACCAUGAGCUCGUCACCGGGCAGCGGCUGCGACAGCCCCUCGGGGUCGGGGGACGGCGUCGCCGGCCACCCUAAGCCCAACCUGAUGGACAUGGACGCCGAGGGGCAGAGUUUGGACCACACGGUACCUCUGUGCAGCAAGAUGAAGCCCCCCGCCCUCUGCGGACAGCAGUACACGUAGUGAGGAUUGCGGCUUUUGUAGCGCAAAUGCGUGCAGAUACGACACUUACCGGACGCCAUUGCUUCUACUGGGCAUCCUUAAAAGGUGUGAAGACCGCCCACCAUUAUCCCGACUAAAGCGAGCACCACCGAGACCCCCCCUAGAAAGCCUUCCCGACCACCACCAACUCCCCAAUGCAUAUUGCUUCCCGCCGGCUGCUUGCAACAUUCCCGCAAAAUCAUAUUCAUUGCAUCGUUCCUUCAGCCACAUGGCGUCGCUUUCUGCACUCACCUUCGCUGCCACCGUCUUUGGACUUGUUGCAUUAUUUUCUCCCCCUAAUGAUGUGCUAUAAUGUGAAAAGGGAAGUUCUUCACUGUGUACAACUAGAGGUAAAUAAAGGUCCAGACAAAAGAGUCGCUAAGAGCUGGAGUGGGCUAACGGCAUUUCCUUGGUCGGCAGGCAAAUGAGUUAAAGUUUGCUGAUUCAUAAGGCAAUAAUUACUUCUUUCGGAUACUACCAAAAUUGUAGUUUUCCAUCAGACUUUUUUUUUCCCCCCAAAUAUGUGAUUUUGGGAUUGGAUCAUAUUUGAUAUUCAUCCUGGAUCCUAUUGCUUGCACUUUGUCAUCCUCUCCUGUGGAAUUGUAAAAACUUGCAUCAGGGAAAAAAAAAGUGCAAUACUGGUCUAAGUCCAAACUGUCAUCAAAUCUUUCGAUAUUUCAUGAAAGAUUCUAUAAUAACAUUGACUUAUGUGAACAUGCAGAUGCACUGACAGCCAGCAAAGGUGGGGCACAAUGUUGAUAAUAAAUCUCCUCCCUAAAUUGAUACCAGGUGGCAUGGUAGAAAUCAAACAAUUAUGUAAUGAUGCGCCAGGUGAAUUAAUUAAUCAGUGGCGGCAAGGCCUGAACUUGUUUUCAAAAUAUUCGUUAUGUACACUAAGUCACUAAAAUAAAAGUACUGCAAAAUAAUCUUAUGUCAUGUCAAUGCAGUUCUUUUAUUGUGAAAUACAUGAUUACAUGUUAUUAAUGGUACUUUUUGCUCUUUCUAUAAAUUCCAUCCGUCAAUUUUCUUUGCCGCUUAUCCUCACGAGGGUCGCGGGGAGUGCUGGAGCCUAUCCCAGCUGUCAACGGGCAGGAGGCGGGGUACACAGCCAAUCGCAGGGCACAUUGAGACAAACAACCGCACCCACAAUCACAUCUAGGUGGAAUUUAGAGUGUCUAAUUAAUGUUACAUGUUUUUUCGGAUAUGGGAGGAAACCGGAGUCCCUAGAGAAAUCCCACGCAGGCACGGGGAGAACAUGCAAACUCCACACAGGCGGGUCCGGGACCUCAGAACUGUGAGGCCAAUGCUUUACCAGCUGAACCAUCAUGCUGCCCUCUAUUACUUCCAUUUUUAUCUAAAAAAAUGCACCGAGAAUAAACUAGAAUAUUAUUUUGACCAAAUCUAAAAUCCAUUAUGUUUGUAAUAUUUCAGGGGGAAAAAUCAUAAUAGUAGUAUAAAUGUAGCCUCAAUCCAAAUGCAUGUCAAAUGUAGCAAUAUUUCAUAAAACAUAAUAACAUUGUCUUCUCGCUUGGCAAAUAAGAUAAAACACAUCUUAACUUGGGAAUUUAACCUUUUGGAAAAAAGAGAGUUGGUCCAGUGUUGCACUGAUGCAUCAACAAAAGUGAAGUCCAACUUUGAUUUAGACCAGUACUGCAUUCAUUUCUGCCCACUCGAGUUCUCAGUGGCUCAAUGGUGUUGGUUUUCAAAAAGGGAAUAUAGGGGUAGGGUAGUAAAAAUGCCACCGUAUUUUGAGGAAAAAGUCAAAUUUUCACCAGUCCUAAUUUUAAAAUAAUUUGAAAAUAUUUCAGGGAAAAGAUUUAUUUAAAAAAAAAAUAAUGACAAACACUUCUCCAUGAAGAAUUGAAUUUUACCUUUGUGACCCUUCAGGGCAACCGUAAUUAUCCAUUCUGACAAAUUCAAAGUCUCAAGGAAGUGUGAAGUUGGCACUUGUAGAUGUAUCCCAUGAAUGGGACUUGAAAUAAGUUGAGUUCUUUGCAUCGCAACGACCGAGCUCAUCGGUCCUUGUUUGUCACAUAACGCCUCCGUUCGUAUUCAUGGAUCACUUAAACACGGUUCUGUCUCUCUCCGGAUGACAAAUGCAACACACAACAUCAACCUCACGUUCACAAGGGAUCGCUCGGAAUCCCACUUUAAAACUUUCCACCCCGUGGUAUCCCCCUCGGUACCUUCUCAGUCCCAGCGGCACUUUAAGAGCCUCGUUGAUGGGCCACUUGCAGCUGACAAAUCACUUUGGACUUGUUACACUGUUGUGCAAAUACAGGAGUGUGUGUGUGUGUGUGUGUGUCUGUGCGCGCGCGCGUGUGUGUGUGUGUGUGUGUGUGUGCGUGCGUGCGUGCAUACCUGCGUGUGUUGUUAUGUAUGAACUUGUGACCUCCUUGUUCUCAUGAAUAUUUAUUAUGAUUAAAUUAAUUGUUAUUAUUGGGAAUUAUUGUGACAAUGCUUUUUUUUUUGUUGCCCCGUGUACAUAUUUGUUAAUACAACAACAUAAUGAAGGCUGAAAAAUAAAGAAAUAAAGUGCAUAAUGUGAAGAAAUCUUGGUUGAGAGAUGAAUAUAAAACAAGA